UGCGGGCACGCGCUCACGGACACACAAGUCUCUGCGAAAGAGAGAAAGGAAGAGAGGUAGAAGGAGUGUGGCGGCCUCCGUUUAUAAUGGCUGCCCGAAAAAGAGAAGUGGCAAAGCAGUUACAUUGGGAAUAAGAUUCGUCUUGCACAGGUGAGGAAGAAGAGGAUGGUGAGCAGUGAGGCAAAGUACGAGCUGAUCCAGGAGGUGGGCCGGGGCAGUUACGGUGUGGUAUACGAGGCAGCUGUACGGCAAACUGGCGCUCGCGUGGCUGUAAAGAAGAUCCGCUGUCACUCUCCGGAGAACGUGGAGCUGGCCCUGAGGGAAUUCUGGGCCCUGAGCAGCAUCCAGAGCCAGCACCCAAACGUUAUUCACUUGGAGGAAUGUGUCCUGCAGAGAGACGGUCUCGCUCAGAGGAUGAGCCACGGCUCCAGCUCUUCACUGUACCUAGAGUUGGUGGAGACCUCCCUAAAGGGCGAGAUCACAUUUGACCCGCACUGCGCCUACUACCUGUGGUUCGUUAUGGACUUCUGUGAUGGUGGAGACAUGAAUGCCUAUCUGCUGUCUCGCAAACCCAGCCGCAAAACAAACACCAGCUUCAUGCUGCAGCUGGGCAGCGCACUUGCCUUCCUUCAUCGCAAUCAGAUCAUUCACAGAGACCUCAAACCUGACAACAUUCUCAUCUCGCAGGGCCGCAGCCCGGCCGGGUCGCCUGAGCCCACUCUAAAGGUGGCCGACUUCGGCCUCAGCAAAGUCUGCUCGUGUUCGGGUCUGAACCCUGAAGAACCAGCCAGCGUCAACAAGUGUUUCUUGUCCACAGCUUGUGGGACGGACUUCUACAUGGCCCCGGAAGUCUGGGAGGGCCACUACACCGCUAAGGCGGACAUUUUUGCGCUGGGGGUGAUUAUAUGGGCCAUGGUGGAGCGGAUCACAUUUGUGGACGUGGAGACGCAGAAGGAACUGUUGGGAAGCUACGUACAGCAGGGGGAGGAUAUUGUCCCAUUGGGGGAAGCUUUGUUAGAGAACCCCAAGAUGGAGCUCCACAUCCCAGCCCGGAAGAAGAGCAUGAACGCUGGCAUGAAGCAGCUCAUUCGAGAGAUGCUGUCUGCCAAUCCGCAGGAGCGACCCGAUGCUGUCGAGCUGGAGCUCAGGCUGGUUCGGAUCGCAUGCAGGGAACUCGACUGGGACACGUGAGAGUACGGCGUCUUGGACAGGGGUGAACUUUUUUGUAUUUCCUGCCAUCUAGGAAGACUCUUUCUUUUGAGCAUCAGAACACAUUGUUUGGAGGCAGAAAUGGGUUUUUAAGGGGUGAUUACACUGGUCCUUGGUCUUUUCUACUCUAAAAAAGGUGUAGUACAACACAUCCAUUGGUGAUAAAUAGCCUUUACAGCAAUGUUAAAUGCUCUUUUAAUGUCUCAACUCUCCACAAGCACAUAGGGACUUUGGUGUCAUUAAGGAAAAACAUCAGAUUUCCACUUGUUGAUGACUUCCCAUUUACCCACAUCAUGUUUAGUGGUGCCAGAACAUUCCAGUACUAAGAAAUCAGACAGCAUGUAGGGCUGGGCGGUAUAGCUAUAAUAAAAGUGGAGUUUGAUACUUUGAGGCUUUAAAUAUUUUUUUUAAUCGUAGAAACCGUCUUUGCCAAGUAAAUUCAAAACGUUAAUGUUUUUUCAAAUGUCAAAUCAACCAAAUUUCAGAAACUUCCCCUGAUGAAAGUUUUGAUUUUCUUAAUACUUUUUCUGAAUAGAAACAUAAAUGAUGAUGAAAAUCAAAAUUAAAUGUCCUGGAUCAAUAUUAACUGCGGCGAUUUUCACCUAGGAUUUUGGAGCAUAGCUCAAAAAAUUAUCUUAAAAAGCUGUCUGCAUCAUUAUUUUAGUUUUACACAUAGGUUGGUUUAUUACUAAAAUCAGUUGACUUCAGUACCCCUUGUUGCAUUCUAUGCCAAUGGUGAAAAUGCAUUUGGUGUUAUUUUUCUGAAGUUGGAGUGCCUAUAGCACAAGAAAUAAUAUUAAGAUAUCUUUAUAUUGUUUUAGUUUCUGGUUCAGAACAAAGUUUACUUUUUGUAUCUUAUUUUUUAAGAUGCUAAAUGGUUAAGUCUCAGAUAUAUGGGGCUCUCAAUGUGGCUCCAUCCGUAAAUUUGCUAAAUUCUACCAAUUUUCUAUUGUUGAAAGCCAAAUGUGGGUUAGAUGGUAUGAAGCUAGUUUUUCAUGUCCAACAAAAUGAAGGCCUGAAGUACAAAUAUAUUGAAACUAAAAUCAGUUGUAUAAGUGUCUGGGUGUUAGAGAUCUCAAACUUGGUGGGAUGGUCUACCAAGUAGUUUUGCUCAAAUCGAAAGCGAAAAUUUUCAUUUUGAACCUAGUCUCGCGUAGCCAGACCUUUCACUAAAACGGCAAGGGUUUGAACAAUAUAGCAGCUUAAAUUGGUCAAGAACUGCCCACUUACACAGGAAAAAUGAUCCAUCACAGUCAGUUUUGCCAUUACGUGCGGUUUAGGGGCAGGGUUAUCGGAGAUAUACGAUACCAUAAUAAAAGACUGACAUGGUGGAAGAAAUAAUUUUUAUAAUAGCGCUGCUGUCUCCAUGAUUUGCACAGAGUGUAAGUACAGCACAGAAAACCUCAUCACAGAGAAUUUCAUAGACAACAAUACAGAAUAUAAAAGUCUGCAUGUGGAUUUCCACUUUACUUUCUGCAACAUUGUUUAAAAGCGUUUUCCAAUUUUGUGUGCUAUGUGCAUCAGACGUUAGAGCACAGACUGUGGGUGGUCUGACAGCGUGCUGACUGAGACUUUUGACCCCAUCAACAAAAUAAUGGAUUACUCUGUAAAUAUAGAUCCAUGGUAUAUAAUAUAAUAUUUAGACUUUCAUCAUCAUUUAUGUAUUUCAUCAGAAAAAAUUAUCAAUAACAAAAUGUUGAACCAGGGGCCUCUGGUUGAGUAAAAUGCUGUAAAAGUCUAGUUAACAACAAGCAGUGAAUUUUUUUUCACUAAAUAAAAUUGUUCAUUUAUAUGCAGCAAUAUAAUGCACAGUAAUAAAUAGCAAUUUUUACCGACAUUUAAAAAAAAAAAGGUUUUCACUAAAACUGUUUAAAGCAUAUCAAAUUCCACACAGGAAUUCUGUGAACCUUUUUUAGUGGUGGAAACAAAUCAUUCUGUCAGUGUUUUCGACCAAUUCACUGAAGCAGACAGUUAGAAAGAACUGAUUUGCAGCAAUGAAUUGAACAUACCAACUCUAACUGCGUUUAUUGCUACCGAGAUUGAAAUCGGACAACUAAAAUAUCCCUGUCUUAGCAUGCUUAUUCACAGUAUUCAUGAUAAACUCAUCUCAGUAUUCAAAAUUUCAGUUACAUUUUUAUCAGCAACAAUGUAAUAUUGAUUAUAUCUUAAAUAUUUUAGAUAUAUCGCCCAUCCCUAAUGUAGAUUUGAUAGAGCACAACAAACUCAUGGCCUCUAUCUCUCUUGGUAACUCCAGUGUCUUUCCAUUAUGUUCUCUUUGACAGCUCGUCCCACAUCACUCCCGGUGCUAAUUCAACUUCUAAUGCACACCUUGAUAUUUUCAUGGUCAAUUUUAACAGCUUUUGUACAAUGGGAUCAAUAACUGUUUUUCAGCACUUCGCUCAAAAAAGGGCUUCAGGGAGUUGUAUUUGUAUCGCUCAAUUUGAAAACAGUGUUUUGUCAUAUUUUCUAAAAAGUACUUCACAAGGCAAUAGUUUCUAGUCAAUAUUUCAAAAGUGAUUCGGUAAAUUAUUCUGUCGUCCUACUAAAUAAAUAAGCUUGAAUAAUCAAUGAUUACCCUCAAUAAAAUAACAUGAGUAAUUAAUUGAGGAAAAAAAAGUUAAGGCAAUUCUUUCUAAAAAAGUUAGCAUUAGCUUCCUGCUAGAAAUUCUCUGAUUUUGGUGCAAUAGAAGGCUUAGGGCACAUGUGAAGGAUGGGUGUCUUUCUGUGCAUUUCUCUGUUGUUUAGGUCUGGCUCAACCAAAACAUAAUCAGCCUGAUCUCAUGAAAAUUACAUGACUGUGACACAUUUUUGCGAAAUGACAUUACGUGGUUUAUAACAUGCAUUACAUGCAGUUCUUAUGUGAAAUGUCCACUGUGUGGUGCUAAAAGUGAGUUAAAUGUUCUCCCAAACAGAUGAGGUUUUGAAGGUUUAUGCUCUAUCGAGUUUUAAAUCAAUAAAACCGAAAUCCCUACCCUAAAACUUAAACUAAACCUAACCGAUAGUGUCAGAAAAGCAAAUGUGAGAUGAAAAACACAAUUGCUGUAGCAACCACAUCAUUUCGUGGUGCUUUUAUGUCACAUUCAGCUUAUGUGUCAACUCAUACCCCGGUCCUUUGCAUUGCAAGGGCAACGUUCUGUCAGUAUACUCUGCAAUUUGGUUGCAUUUGAACAAACUCAUAAAUGUAGUUGGUUAUGUAUUGCUAAUGUUAAACUGUAUCACCUUACAAGUCAUGCACAAUAGUGAAAGUGUUUAGAUGUCAUAAGAUAGCAUUGUGUGAAAAGUGUUUAUGAACUGUUAAUCUGCUAUUUUACUCGUGAUUUGCGUGAAAGUCGUUGUUGUAGCGCCUCUAGUGUUUAUUUCACAAGGAAACUGCCGUGAUACGUACAACAAGCCAAGUAAAGCUCAUUUGGCAGAAAAAUGUAGGUAUAGUAACAUGAUUUAAUGAGACCAGGUUUAAUGUGAUGUAAACAAUGCCCUUAAAUGAGGAAUUAGGUAUACUGUCUUUCCUCUAGAAUGUAGCCAAAUGACAUUUGUCAUAAUUUAUGAAAUUUAAGUCAUAGGAAUAAAUUAAAAUCUAAUAAAUAUUAACUGACCAAUAUGCUGAUCAUGUAAGUAUCAGGGUUGACAGUAAAGAAAGAAAAAUAAUAUUAAAUGCCUAAUAUCAUAUUAAGAGUUGGUGUCGCUAUUCAUUGCUAAUUACAAAAUGAUUUACACAUACCCUUCCAGUCAAAUGUUUGGACACACCUACACAUUCUUUAUCAUAACUAUUUUUCACACUAUAAAAUAACAGAAAAGUCAUCAAAACUAUGAAAUAACAACUGGUAGUAUAGGAAUUAUUUUGAGGAAAAAAAAGUGAAAUCAGAACUAGGGAUGCACCGAUGCCAUUUUCUCUUCCAAUUUCGAUAUCAGAAAUCUCAGUAUUGGCCGAUACCAAUCCCGAUCCGAUACCAGUGUUGUUUUUUUGCAUAAUCACUUUAGAAAAUCUUUGCCUCAUUGUGUGUAACUAAUUGGGGUACACUUUAAUAAUAAUAAAGUAUUAUUAUUAUUAUUAUUAAAAUACAACAGUAAUAUAUUUCAGUCAUGCACCUUUAACUUGAAAACCCUCUGGUUUUUAUUUGGACGAUCGGAAUAUUCCAGGAAGUCCUGCAAGUGUCUGUAUGAGGCUACUUCACAGAGGUUUAAUUGGCUUCUUAUUCGAAUUCUGGACAAAUGCUCCCCUGGUGCUGUUCUAAAUGCAUUUUAUAAGUGAACCGAACUAUUGAGCAUCUACAUCUGAGAUGUUGUUCAUGAGUAGCACUCAAAUAUGAAAAUAGCCACGACCACUUCACCAGCCUGCGCGUGCUAUGUAUGCGUGUCAACAGAGCAGCGCCACUCACUAACGUGCUGUUGUAUGCAUACUAUACAUUUACUUUUGCGAUUCACAAAGCUAUAGUAUAAGUGGCUUUGAAUAAAAAUGCUUUUAUGGUUCUUUUAUGUCAGUGUUGGAGCUUGACAGUAAUGAACAUGACUAACGCACAGUAUCGGAUUUGGAUCGGGCUCGUCGGACCAAUACGCGAACCAUCUAAAAACAUCAGUAUCGGAGCCAACACCGAUCCAGGUAUCGGAUCGGUACAUCCCUAAUCAGAACUAAUAUGAGCUUCUUCAAAGUCGUCACCCUUUGUGUAGAUUCCAGCUCUGUUUAUUCUUUCAUGCCUUCGCGUCUGAGACCGUUAACCCGCGCAUCUUAUCAUGUGGCUUGAGCGCGUUGCCACGGAGACAUAGCGCGUGUGGAGGCUUCACGCCAUCCACCGCGGCAUCCAUGCUCAACUCGUCACGCACCCCACCGAGAGCGGAAACCACAUUAUAGUGACCACAAGGAGGUUACCCCAUGUCACUCUACCCUCCCUAGCAACCGGGCCAAUUUGGUUGCUUAGAUCAAAAGGUUUUUAAGAUCAUGAAAAAACAAUUACAAUCAAGUAUGUCCAAACCAUUGAUUGGUACUGUAUGUUAUUGAGGGACAAAAAAGGCACACACACACACAACCACAAGACUCUGUGAGUCAGGGAUCUCAUGUCUUUGACACUCAAUACCAGUGAGGUGAAUUUGAUCUCUGCCUCUGUGUCAUUCUUGCCUGGAGCCUCAUAAUGCUGAAUCUUACCGGUAAUCCUUUCCAUUACGCUCCUGACAGACUUGCGCUAAGCCUGUUAUGUUUUUGUGGCAUCAGAGGAAAAAUGAAUUCUCUGGGACAGAAACUGCUAGUCAUUUUGUACGAAUUUACAGGCAUAUCUGACAAGAACCUUUGUGGCAGUAGUAUCUCUGUCCCUUUAAACACAGAACAUAUCCUUUUUUUUAAGUGACAAGGGACAGUAAUAUUUACAUUUAUUAUGCUGUGUGUUUAUUUUUCUUUGGCGUUUUACCCUUUUUCAAGUGGGGGAUUCUUUUAAAUGACAGAACCAGCAAAUAUUUAAUUCCGAGGAAUGGCUUAAAUCAUCCCGCUUAAAGAUUUUUUUUUUUUUCCCUGCUUUUAUAAAAGCAUCACUCCAACUGUGGUAUUAUCCUAUAAUCCAUAUUAUUGCAAGAAUAAAGGAUAAAAGGAUCAUUUGUUCUCAGAGCCACAACUUUGUGAUCGCCCAAAUAUUGUUUAAUUAGCCUUUUCAUUGAGAUUACCAUAAUUUAUGCCUUAUUUUAAAAUCCCAUUGACCUUGUGAGCACUUGAUUCGUCCAUCUAUUUCCUGAACAACAACCGGGAGUUCUCUCAAAGGACUAAGCUACAUUUACCUGAAAAGCACUUGGUGGUGUUGGUUAGAAACGAUUGCUUGAUUUGGAAUUGUUGCAGUUUGUCAGUAUUAAUAAGUCCAUAGGAGAACGUCAUUGAUGGGGCGUACAUGCCCUCCUAGUGCGAUGCUGAAGUUUACGGUGCAAACGUUGAAUAUGUGAACAGCCGACAUGCAUAUGAAUGUCAUUGGUUGGAAUGUAAGAUUGGGGGCAAGCCCAAAAUAUUAUUUUUUUUAAUGAGCAAAUCACAGGUGGAGUCCUGUGGAGUAUCUCAAAGCGAUUGUUCACCCAAAAGUGAAAAUUGUAAUUUACUCACUCUCUUGUUGUUCCAAAAUUUUGUGACCAUCUUUAUUCCAUGUAAGGAGAUGUCAAGCAAAAUGUUCAUUUUGUAUGUUUCCAUACAACAAACGCAUAUAGUGACCAUUUACUGUCCAAAUGAUUCAUGCGCAAGUCAGAUGAUAGCUUCGUUUGAUGUGCAAGUCUUUAUUCACUAAUAAUGUUCCCCUCUGCAGUAGCUGUCAAAUCUACAGAGCACCGUAGAGGACAGCGAGGGAAUUCAUUUUAUGAAAUAUUUUGCAUUCCCUUGCAAUAGUUUUGCAUUCCCUGUACACUAGUUUCCAUUGCUUUCCCUCACAAUAAUGUUUGAGUUCCCUCGCAGUAGUUUGCGUUCCUCCACAAGAAGCUUUGCGUUCGUUUACAAUAAGUUGCGUUCCCUCGCAAAUUGUUUUUGUUCUCGCAACAGUUUGCAUUUCCUCACAGUUUGCAUUCCUCUCACAGUACAUUUAUGCGUCCCUUUGCAAUCGUUUGCGUUUCCUCACAAAACAUUUUUUCCCCUCGCAAUAGUGUGAAUCCCCUCACAAAAUGUUUUGCGUUCCCUCGCAAUAGUUUGCAUUCCCUCAGUACAUUUUGCGUUCCUUUUGCAAUAAUUUGUGUUUUUUCUCUCAAAACGUUUUGCCUACCUUUGCAAAAGUUUGUUCUCUCACCAAAAGUUUUCGGUUCCCUCAUAAUAAAUUUUGCGCUCCUUUGCAGUAGUUUGCGUUCCCUCACAAUACCUUUAUCCAUCCCUUAUGGUUUGACAACAGUAACCGUAGUUGAACUAUGGUAUACUAUUUUGUAAUAAAACCAUAGUACAUAAAAUGUACUAUGAUUUUACAACAGUAACUAUAGCUCAACUAUGGUAUUUGUAUUACAUAAACUUUAACAUGUUUUUACAACAGUAACCAAAUUUUAACCAUGAUAUUCAUGGUAAAACUGUAAUACAGGAAAUCCAAAACUAUGGUAAUAAAAAUCAUAAUCAUUCUGCAAAAAACCCCAAAAAGAAAAAAAAAACAACAACAAAAAAACACGGUUACUAUAUCAUGGUUAAUUUAUGGUACAAGUAUGGUUUUUACUAUAGUAAAUCUGCAGUCACAAUGUAAUUGUUUUUUGUAGGAACAAUGCUUUUAAAAACCAUGAUGCAUGUACCACAAAUUAACCAUGGUGUUACUAAAGGAAAACUAACCAUUUUUACUAUAGUUUUGGUUUUCCUUUAUUAUUACUAUGGUUUUACCACGAAUAUUAUGGUUAGUGUUACUGUAUUAAAGCCAUAACCGCAAAAUUGACCAUGGUUUUACUAUAGUUACCAUAUUUUAACCAUGAUAUUACAGCAUUAUUAAAUACCAUAAUUGCACUUUUUUCACUGUUGUAAAACCGUGGUUCAUUUUAGUAAGGGAUAAAUAAUGGUGUUGCAAGGAAAUGCAAAACUUAUUGUGAGGCUCCGCAAACGAUUGUGAGGGAACUCAAAGGGACUCUUAUUUGCAUUGUGCAUUUUCAAACUUUCACAUUGCAUUCAAGUUUAUAGACAUGCAAGAAACAAUGGCAUUUGAUGCCAUUAAUGUCAAAUCGACAAAUUUGAAUAUGUAACAAGUGUGAAAGAUAUUUGAGGGCUGUGGCGGAGGGGAAGAUUGUCAAUGAUUAAUGACUUAAAUUAACAGCUAUCAUAUGGCAAUCAAAGAUUAGGAUAGUAGUGCACAGGUCGAAUGCACUACUUUUCUGGUGGAAUGAUAUGACAGAGAGAGAACGAUGAUGCUUUUCAUUUUUGGGUGUCCUUGAAAGACAACAGCAUAUCAGUUAAAUGCAUUUGAAAGAUAAUUCACCUACUUAUACAAGUACUAGUUUUCCCCUUCCUAACAUCUACAAAAUCACAAUAAGCUGGCCAUUUACUUUGAUCUUACAGGAAGAUAUACCUGUAAGAUCACAUUUAAUUUCUUUAAGCAAGUUUUUUGCUGCUCUGUACAUACUGUACAUGAACGUCUGAACACCUGAUAUGCACAGAGGAAUGUCUGAUGGCUGUGAUGUGUGCUGUGUGAGUGAUUGUUAAGUCUGUGUUGUGAACAGGGCUGUUGACAUUCUCGGGUUAAAAAUUGGUUGUAAUAAGUAGCAUGUUGACAUGAUCACAUGACUUUAUGUGUGUUUCUGGAUUUCUGUGCAGUGUCAGAGUGUAUACUGAUCUGAUCUUCUGGCCUACGGGUGAAGUUCCUGUUAAGUGUGUUAAGUUGUGGGAGCACAACUGUAUUACAAUUUUGUAAGAAAGAAAAUCAUGUUUUUCAGAAAAGCACUACGAAAUGUUUCCCUCAGUGUCAACCAGCUCACAGAUUUUCCUCAAGCCUUCAACCGUUUGACUUGAUUUACACUCAACAUCAGCUACUGGGAGCUGUGGUGAUGCACUGUGACUUGAAAAGUGCUUUGACUUUUGCUUUGUUUUCCUUCGACAUUUUGUGUUCCUUUAAAUUAAUUUGAGAUAAACAAGUUCAUGAGAAGGAAUCUUCAAAGUGAAUGUGUAAUUUAUUGUUGGGAUUGGCUUUAUUAAAAAAAAAAAAAACCUUG